AUGUGUUUGAAUUGGAAGGAUCAUAUCGCACGGGCAAUUUCGGGGCGGGAGGAGUACGACAGCGAUCGGUCGAACGUGACGAUGAACGGAUCGGUUUUCUCGGUCGAUCUUCAAAAGGCCAUCAACACAGAAAACUGCGGAAAAAUCAUGGCCCCGCCACCGCCGACGUCGCCUUCCCUCCCAGGAUACGUUCACUUUGCCGAUAGUGAAACACUCGCCAGGCAAAUAUUUACACCAGCCAGAUACAACGUUCCGCUGUUUGUGUAUAAAAAACUCUCCAACCCCCGUGUGCUGGGACGUGACGAACUCCGGGAAGUCGUCGACAGUAGCGGACGCCGCCGACGACAGUUGCUCAAGAGGAUGACAAACUAUGGCGAACUGCCAAAUUGGAAAGAUCAUAUCAAUGUCAAUUUAGAGCGAGACACAAACCGAUCUAGACCGGCGGAGGCGGAGAAGAAGAAACCAUUGCCCAACCCUUUCAAGUUGCUGUGUCGGAAAUCACUGCGAAAUGGCCACAAGGAAUGGACCCUUGCACCCAACAGGUACCGGUUGACCAACAACAUCUCCGAUAUGGCUAGCAAUUCAACAGGUAGCAAAGGGCCGUAUCAAUGUUUCACAGGUGAACGAUUUACAUCGAUUCCUAGGCCGACAGUAGUCUGCGGAUGUUGGCAAACAGCGGACAGCAAAGUGGAGCUCAGGAAGCUUCUAACGAAAAUGGAUCGACUUGCUCAUAAUCCGAAACGGCACUUGGUGGGGACAAAAGUACGACGCGGCGACAAAACCAACGAUCGAGCGUGCUUCCGACUCGCCAUCUCCCAACCAACUCUUUGCUGGCGCAAUCCCCUCGAACCAGGACCGAAUCGUUACUUCAAAGGCAUAUUUGACAUCCCGGACCCAACAUGCGUUCCUAUGACAGGUCGCCAGCAACGCCAUGCGAAGCAAUUAAUCUAUCCUCCGCCCGUUGCGCCAUCUAUUCGCCAUUCGUACUGUGCGGAACCCUUCCCGCGGCCUCCGCCCGGUCGUUAUCAACUGCCAACCAGCAUACCGACAACGACGACGCCGGGGCCAAUUGCACGACAUCCUUCCGUCGUCACCCGGCCGGUCGCACGGUUCGACUUCACAUUUAAUCCCGCGUGGAAUCCAUACCGACAGCCAGCCACCCUGCGGAUGCACACCAUUGACAUUCCAAUCCGGCGCCGGAAGCGAGGUCGCAACAUAAAGGUGGCCUUUGGAAGUGCGACUGCCCGUUUCAAGGAUCAGGAAUUUUUCCCCAUCGGAGCACAUAAAUCUGUUCUUCCUAGGGGCGAGCUGGCUGGGGUGAAUAAGAUGAAAAAGGAACAGGAGAGUGCUAAUCAUAAAAUUGUGUCGUCGACCGCGAACGCCGUCGUUCGAAAGGCGUCGAAAGCCGGGUCCGUCGUUGUUGUUGCUGCCACCACAGACCCGUUGGCUAAUCUCAAACGAACACGCGCCAAACUCUUUGUCAUUCCGCGACAACAUCAAACAAAGCGGAUUCCUAGUAUACCGGACGUAGCGUUACUCCCCUACGAAACGGAUCAAAGACCGGCAUCAUGCGUCGCGGAGCCGGCUUCAUAG